AUGACCCGGGGCUCCCGGCCCUCAGCGGCCAGCGGCGGCGGCGGCAGCGGCAGCGCGGCGGUUCCUGAGCGCGCGGGCCCGGGGCGGCCGCGGGGGACCCCGCCGGGCUCCCACCCGUACCCCGAGUGUUCGGGGCCCCGCGCGGCACCUCAGACCCCGGGCCGGGGCGCGGAGCGGCGGGCGACAAAGUUCAACCCGGGCGGACGCGGGUGGUGGGCGCUGCUUCUGGCGCUCCAGCUGCACUUGUUCCGGGCGCGGGCGCAAGAUGAUGUUGCACCAUAUUUUAAAACGGAGCCAGCUCUACCACAGAUUCACCUGGAAGGGAACCGCCUUGUUCUCACCUGCCUCGCAGAGGGGAGCUGGCCUUUGGAAUUCAAGUGGAUUCAUGAUGGCACUGAGCUCACCACCUACAGCAGCGAAUAUAAGUAUAUCAUCCCAUCUUUACAGAAGCUUGAUGCUGGCUUUUACCAGUGUGUGGUACGGAACAGAAUGGGAGCACUUUUGCAGAGAAAAUCUGAAGUUCAAGUUGCAUAUAUGGGAAAUUUCAUGGACACAGACCAGAGGAAAACGGUUUCUGCAGGACACGCAGCUGUUCUAAACCUACUGCCCAUCUCCAGCUGCCCCAGACCGCAAGUGACUUGGUUUAGAGAAGGCCACAAGAUUAUUCCAAGCAACAGGAUAGCCAUCACGCUGGAGAAUCAGCUAGUGAUCCUUGCCACCACAGACAGUGAUGCCGGGGCAUACUAUGUGCAGGCUGUCAACGAGAAGAAUGGAGAGAACAAGACCAGCCCGUUUGUUCAUUUGAAUAUAGCAAGAGCUAUCACUGCACCAGAAGUCAUGGCUCCAGUCAUCGUGGUUGCCCCGGGCAACAGGACUGUUGUGGCAGGGUCCAGUGAAACCACCUUGGAGUGCAUUGCUAAUGCCAGGCCCGUGGAAGAGGUGAGCAUGCACUGGAAGAGAAACGGCGUGCGACUCACCAGUGGGCUGCACAGCUUUGGCCGGCGCCUCACCAUCAGCAACCCUACAUCUGCUGAUACGGGGCUAUAUGUCUGCGAGGCCUCACUUCGGGGAAGCUCCUUUGAGCCAGCCAGGGCGAAAGCCUUCCUCUCCAUCAUAGAGCCACCAUAUUUCACUGCUGAGCCUGAGAGUCGGAUUUUGGUUGAAGUGGAAGAAACUGUGGACAUUGCGUGUCAAGCCAUGGGGGUCCCUGUUCCCACCCUCCAGUGGUACAAAGAUGCCGUUCCCAUCAGCAAGCUCCAGAACCCUCGCUACCGAGUGCUGUCCAGUGGAGGCCUGCGCAUUCAGAAGCUACAUCCAGAAGACUCUGGAAUCUUCCAGUGCUUUGCCAGUAAUGAAGGUGGAGAGAUCCAGACCCACACCUACCUGGAUGUGACCAAUAUCGCCCCAGCCUUCACCCAGCGUCCAGCCGACACUACAGUGACUGACGGGAUGACAGCCGUUCUGAGAUGUGAGGUGUCUGGAGCCCCCAAACCCGCCAUCACUUGGAAGAGAGGGAACCAUAUUCUGGCCAGCGGCUCUGUCCGGAUCCCUAGGUUUAUGCUACUGGAAUCUGGAGGCCUGCAGAUCACCCCUGCUUUCAUCCAGGACGCCGGCAACUACACCUGCUACGCAGCCAACACAGAGGGCUCCCUAGACGCAUCAGCAGCGCUCACUGUGUGGAAUCGAACGUCCAUCGUUCACCCUCCUGAGGACCAAGUCGUGAUUAAGGGAACCACAGCCACGCUGCACUGUGGAGCCACUCACGACCCCCGGAUCUCUCUCCGCUAUGUCUGGAAGAAGGACAACGUGGCCAUCACCCCUUCUGGCACUUCUAGAAUUGUGGUGGAGAAGGAUGGAUCCCUCCUCAUUAGCCAGACAUGGUCAGGUGACAUCGGAGACUAUACCUGUGAGAUUCUGUCUGAAGGAGGCAAUGAUUCCAGAACAGCCCGGCUAGAAGUAAUUGAACUGCCUCACCCGCCUCAAAACCUCCUGGCCAGCCUGAGCCCCUCCCACAGCCACUCGGUGACGCUGUCCUGGGUUCGGCCCUUCGAUGGAAACAGCCCUGUCCUCUACUACAUUGUGGAGCUGUCUGAAAACAACUCUCCGUGGAAAGUACACCUGUCAAACGUUGGCCCGGAGGAGACCAGUGUCACCGUGAGCGGCCUGACUCCAGCCCGCACCUAUCAGUUCAGGGUGUGUGCGGUGAACCAGGUGGGGAAGGGCCAGUACAGCACAGAGACCAGCAGGUUGAUGUUACCUGAAGAACCGCCAAGUGCUCCCCCAAAAAACAUCGUGGCCAGUGGGCGGACCAACCAGUCCAUCAUGGUGCAGUGGCAGCCACCCCCGGAGACAGAGCACAACGGGGUGCUGCGUGGCUACAUCCUCAGAUACCGCCUGGCUGGCCUGCCCGGAGAACAUCAGCAGAAGAACAUCACCAGCCCUGAGGUGAACUACUGCCUGGUGACAGACCUAAUCAUCUGGACCCAGUAUGAAAUCCAGGUAGCCGCCUACAACGGAGCUGGCUUGGGCGUCUUCAGCAGAGCUGUGACCGAGUACACCUUACAAGGAGUGCCCACCGCGCCCCCACAGCACGUGCAGGCCGAGGCUAUGAACUCCACCACCGUGCAGUUCCUGUGGAACCCUCCCCCGCAGCAGUUCAUCAACGGCAUCAACCAGGGAUACAAGCUUCUAGCUUGGCCGGCAGAUGCCCCUGAGGCCGUCACCGUGGUCACCAUCGCGCCAGACUUCCAUGGCAUCCACCACGGCUAUAUAACCAACUUGAAGAAGUUCACGGCCUACUUCACGUCUGUGCUGUGUUUCACCACCCCAGGGGACGGACCUCCCAGCACCCCCCAGCUUGUGUGGACCCACGAGGACAAACCCGGAGCUGUGGGACACCUGAGCUUCACAGAAAUUCUGGACACCUCUCUCAAAGUCAGCUGGCAGGAGCCCCUGGAGAGAAACGGCAUCAUCACAGGCUAUCAGAUUUCCUGGGAAGUGUACGGGAAGAACGACUCUCGGCUCACACACACCCUCAACAGCACAACCCACGAGUACAAGAUCAAAGGACUGUCAUCCCUAACCACCUACACCAUCGACGUGGCUGCCGUGACGGCCGCAGGGGCUGGCCUGGCCACGUCAUCCACCAUCUCUUCUGGGGUGCCCCCAGACCUUCCUGGUGCCCCAUCCAACCUGGUCAUUUCCAACAUCAGCCCUCGCUCGGCCACGCUUCAGUUCCGACCGGGCUACGACGGGAAGACAGCCAUCUCCAGAUGGAUCGUGGAGGGGCAGGUGGGAGCCAUCGGUGACGAGGAGGAAUGGGUCAGCCUCUACGAGGAGGAGAACGAGCCUGAUGCACAGAUGCUGGAGAUCCCAAACCUCACACCAUACACUCACUACAGAUUUCGGAUGCGACAAGUGAACAUCGUUGGUCCAAGCCCCUACAGCCAGUCCUCCCGAGUCAUCCAGACCCUGCAGGCUCCACCUGAUGUGGCGCCCAGCAGCAUCAGCGUGCGCACAGCCAGUGAGACCAGCCUGCGCCUGCGCUGGGUGCCCCUGCCCGAUUCCCAGUACAAUGGGAACCCCGAGUCUGUAGGGUACAGGGUGAGGUACUGGCGCUCAGACCUCCCCUCCUCAGCACUGGCCCAAAUCGUCAACGACCGGCUGGAGAGGGAGCUCACCAUUGAGGAGCUGGAGGAGUGGACCGAGUACGAGCUGCAGAUGCAGGCCUUCAACGCCAUUGGGGCAGGGCCCUGGAGUGAGCUGGUGCGGGGCCGGACACGGGAAUCAGUUCCCUCAGCCGCCCCUGCCAACGUGUCUGCCCAAGCUGUCAGCUCCACCCAGAUUCUGCUGACAUGGAGCUCCGUCCCCGAGCAGGACCAGAACGGCCUGAUCCUGGGCUACAAGAUUCUGUACCGAGCCAAAGACCUAGACCCCGAGCCCCGGAGCCACGCGGUGCGAGGAAACCACACCCAGUCGGCGCUGCUGUCCGGCCUGCGCAAAUUUGUGCUCUACGAGCUGCAAGUGCUGGCAUUCACUCGCAUCGGGAACGGGGUCCCCAGCGCACCCCUCAUCCUCGAGCGCACCAAAGAUGACGCCCCAGGCCCCCCGGUAAGGCUGGUGUUCCCUGAAGUAAGGCUCACGGCCGUGCGGAUUGUGUGGCAGCCCCCGGAGGAGCCCAAUGGUGUGAUUCUGGGGUACCAGAUCGCCUACCGCCUGGCCAGCAGCAGCCCGCACACAUUCACCACCGUGGAAGUGGGCGCCACAGUGCGACAGUUCACCGCCACAGAACUGGCCCCAGAGUCUGCAUACCUCUUUAGGCUGUCUGCCAAGACGAGGCAGGGCUGGGGGGCGCCACUGGAGGCCACAGUCAUCACCACAGAGAAGAGAGAGAGGCCAGCACCCCCCAGAGAGCUGCUGGUUCCCCAGGCCGAGGUGACAGCACGCAGCCUGCGGCUCCAGUGGGUCCCAGGCAGCGACGGAGCCUCCCCCAUCCGCUACUUCACUGUGCAGGUUCGAGAGCUGCCCGGAGGAGAGUGGCAGACCUACUCCUCUUCCAUCAGCCACGAGGCCACAGCCUGCGCCGUCGACAGGCUGAGGCCCUUCACCUCCUACAAGCUGCGUCUAAAAGCCACCAACGACAUUGGGGACAGUGACUUCAGUUCAGAGACAGAAGCGGUCACCACUCUGCAGGACGUUCCAGGAGAGCCCCCCGGGUCUGUCUCUGCGACACCCCAUACCACAUCCUCGGUGCUGAUCCAGUGGCAGCCGCCCCGGGACGAGAGCCUGAACGGCCUUCUGCAAGGGUACAGGAUCUACUACCGGGAGCUGGAGGCCGAGGCAGCCGCAGGCCCGGAGGCCAAGACCCUCAAGAGCCCCUCGGCCCUGCGAGCGGAGCUCACAGCCCAGAGCAGCUUCAAGACCGUGAACAGCAGCUCCACAUUAACCACGUAUGAAUUAACACAUCUGAAGAAGUACCGCCGCUAUGAAGUGAUCAUGACCGCCUACAAUAUCAUCGGCGAGAGCCCGGCCAGCGCGCCUGUGGAAGUGUUUGUCGGUGAAGCCGCCCCUGCGAUGGCCCCGCAGAAUGUUCAGGUGACCCCGCUCUCGGCCAGCCAGCUGGAGAUCACGUGGGAGCCGCCACCCCCAGAGAGCCAGAAUGGGAACAUCCAGGGCUACAAGAUUUACUACUGGGAGGCAGACAGCCAGAAUGAAACUGAGAAGAUGAAGGUCCUUUUCCUCCCUGAGCCCCUGGUGAAGCUGAAGAACCUCACCAGCCACACCAAGUACCUGGUCAGCAUCUCCGCCUUCAAUGCGGCUGGCGAUGGACCCAAGAGCCAGCCUCUCCAGGGGCGCACCCAUCAAGCUGCUCCUGGGGCCCCCAGCUACUUGGCUUUCUCUGAAAUAACGUCCACCACACUCAACGUGUCCUGGGGUGAGCCCGUGGCGGCCAAUGGCGUCCUGCAGGGCUAUCGCGUGGUGUACGAGCCUUUAGCACCCGUCCAAGGGGUCAGUAAGGUGGUCACAGUGGACGUGAAGGGGAACUGGCAGCGCUGGCUAAAGGUGCGAGACCUCACCAAGGGAGUGACCUAUUUCUUCCGUGUCCAAGCUCGAACCAUCACCUACGGGCCUGAACUCCAAGCCAAUGUCACAGCCGGGCCGGCCGAGGGGUCCCCGGGGUCACCUCGAGAUAUCGUCAUCACCAAAUCUUCCUCUGAGCUGACGCUGCAGUGGAGCGAGGGCAAUGCCGGCAACACACCCACCACGGGCUACGUCAUCGAGGCCAGGCCCUCAGAUGAAGGCUUGUGGGACAUGUUUGUGAAGGACAUUCCCCAGAGCACUACUUCCUACACCGUCGGCCUGGACAAGCUCCGGCAAGGGAUAACCUACGAGUUUCGGGUGGUGGCCGUGAACAAGGCAGGCUACGGGGAGCCCAGCAGCCCCUCCACAGCGGUGUCAGCUCAAGUGGAAGCCCCGUUCUACGAGGAGUGGUGGUUCCUGCUGGUGAUGGCGCUGUCCAGCCUGCUCAUCAUCCUGCUUGUGGUGUUUGCCCUGGUCCUGCACGGGCAGCACAAGAAGUACAAGAACUGCAGCGCAGGUAAGAGCAUCUCCAACAUGGAAGAGUCUGUGACCCUGGACAAUGGAGGGUUUGCUGCCUUGGAGCUCAACAGUCGCCACCUCAAUGUCAAGAGCACCUUCUCCAAGAAGAACGGGACCAGGUCCCCGCCCCGGCCUAGUCCCGGUGGGCUGCACUACUCUGAUGAGGACAUCUGCAACAAAUACAACGGCGCUGUGCUGACGGAGAGCAUGGACCUCAAGGAGAAGUCGGUGGAUGCAUCCGAAUCCGAGGCCUCUGACUCCGACUACGAGGACGCCCCUCCCAAGCACUCGUUCGUCAACCACUACAUGAGCGACCCCACCUACUACAACUCGUGGAAGCGGCGGCCGGCAGCCUCGGCCCAGCACCGGUACGAGGCGGUGGCUGGGGCCGAGGCGGGGGCGCACCUGCACCCGGUCAUCACCACGCAGAGCGCGGGCGGCGUGUACACCCCGGCCGCCGGGCCCCGCGCACCGCUCACCGGCUUCUCCUCCUUCGUGUGAGCGCGGGGCGCGGCCACGCCGGGACGACCUCGGAGUGUGUUUUUAAGACAAUCAACUCCAACCACUGAGCUGAAGUUUUUUUGUUUUCCAACAACAGAAACCCGAAUCUGAUGAGCAGUGAUUCUCCCCGACUGGUGGACGCUAGGUUUCAACUUAGGAAGGUUUUUUUAAAAUGCCUUUUUUUGUAACAUCGCUGCCGAGAGCAGAUUUCUUUGUUUUCUUUUCUUUUUAAGAGAAGGUCUAUCUCCCUGGUGCAGUGGCUGGCACUGUGGGGGGGGCGAGGGGCCCUGCACACCCCGGGACAGGAGAGGAGGGGUGGGUGAAAUGGGGCUUGGCCUACUCCUCUGUCUACCUCCUUUCUGAGGCCCAGCCAGCUCAGGCACAGCCUGACUGGGGACAACCUGAAGCUGUUCCUGGCUCUGGGGUUUGGAGAGCAAAUCCUGCCACCUGUGCCCCAAGCUUUGCAGCUGGCCGACAUGGUUUGGGCAGGGACGGCGGGGGGGGGGGGGGGCGGCGGGGGCUCUGCUUUGCAUCCUGCUGGCUGCCAUGAUGCAGAGUGAGCCUUUCCCUCCCUCUCCCCCCCCCACCCCUGCUUUCUGGCCAGCUGACAGGAGCAGGAAGUGUCCCCCAGUUCCAGCCACCCCCCCCCCAGCACAGCACACGCCCACCCCGCCCAGAUCCGCCCGCAGCGUGGCUCGUGACGUAGGAGUGUGCAUUGUUAACCAGAGUAUUUUUUAAAUCUUUUUAUCUUUUUUUAAACGAUGUCACAUGAAAUGAACGCGUCUUUGCUGUCUCCAGGUGCCUUUUUAUUAAUUGUUCAGCUUUGUACAUGGGAAAGACAAGAAGCAGGAAUCUCCCAAUAAAGCCAACAGCUCCGAGACACCAAGCGGGCCCCCGAGUCACCCCGUGCUCGCAGGCACACGGGGACCGUCCCCUCCACCCCCCCCCCCCGGGGCCACGGCCAUCCUCCCCAGGGUCUGCAUUGGAGGCCAGCAGUGAGCCCUCACAGGCCGGGGAAGGGGUGAUUCCUUGUGAACCCACUCUGAUUUUGUUAUUAUUUAUGGCAGAGUGAAAAUAGUCUGAGCUACUUUGGAAAACUUGAGUCCAGCACCCAGGCUCCCCCAUUAUUUAGAGGACACGUGGCUGGAACAUGGGGGAUCACCAAACCCCACCCCGGCCCCCGUCCUCAAGGAGGGCGGCGCAGCCUGCAGGGGCAGCUCACGCGACAGCCUGCUGUGUACCCCAGGAACACAGCGGGGUGAGGUCACAGCCCCCCAGGAUCAUCCAGGCCCUGAGAUGAGGACCAGCCAGUGCCGCCGGGCUCCAGUCUCAUGGCCACGCGUCAGAUAGGUGGCCUCCACGUGGCUGUUUCUUUCCACGCCUCGGCAGGGGCAGAGAAUGAAGGUGUUGUGUUCAUUCUCGAUUUCACAGUCACCCGCUGUGGUCUGGGAACACGGGAGAAUUUCGUGUGAGGUGAAGAAAUCCUCAGUUCUUCCAAAGCAGAGGGUGUAGGAAGAGCCCUCCCUCCCUCCCUUCCACUCUCCUUCCCUCCCUCCCUCCCUCCCUCCUUCCUUCUUUCCUUUUCCCAGUGGAAGGGUAAAUAUUCUAAACCAAAAAUCUUAAAUGCUCUGCCCAAAGCCACCUCUGCAUGAUGACGGCCACGUCCAUCCACGCGGUAGGAGGGGCUGCCUCCCCUCCCCCACAGGGGUGACCACACACCACCCCAGGACUUCGUGGGCCAUCGCCUUGCACGGAGGGUGAGGACGGGAUGGGCCCUGAGCACAC